AUGGCUCGGAGCAAGCAGAGCCAUGUCACGGGCACCCCAUCGAACAGCCUGGAUCUAGUCAAUCUGGACCUGGUACCUGGAAACAAUGCUGCGACCAGCACAGGGAUCGACAACGCAAGCUAUACAGGCGUUCGUUUCCGCCGGCUGGAGCGCGGGGAUGAGCCAGACAACAUCCCAUCCCUCUUCCGCGAAUGGCAUACCUCGAACUUGUUGACGAUUGCAGGGCGUGGGAUUCCCGUGAAGCAUUGGGACAAGGUUUACAAGAAGAGGAGUGGGGUAGUUGAGACGGAUGCCUGGCAUGCAUUGAGGGUCGAGUGGGGCAACUGGAAGUUCUUGGCCGAGGAACGCGAUCGAUUUUCGUCUGAAGACGCGUUCUGGGACAAGUAUAGCAACGAGGAACGAGAGCGGCUGUCAUAUCAGCAGAUACUUGACAGGCUGCAGAAGGAUCGCACCUGGACUGAUGCCGCAGACUACGAUGCGGCGAUGAGGUACUUCGGAGGUGACCUAGGCCGCUCCGACACCCAAGGAGUGUUCCGAUACAAGAAGAGCGGGAAGUGGAGGAUCUGCGACAAGAAGCUCACGGUUGCGAAGAAAUGGCGAGCGUUGUUGGAGAAGGAUGAAACAAUCCGGGCGAACUGGGAAGCCAUGCAGGCUGCAAGCCCGUCGGAUUGA